UUUCAGGGCUCAAAUUUUAAUUAGCGACGGACAGAAGGGCCAGGGUCUAUGGGCAGAUGGGCCAGGCCCAGUAAAGUUCUAACAAUCCUGUCUCCUCUUUAACCUCGGAACCCCACCCUCCAAGCUGCAAUCAAAGAAGACAUUCAGUUUUUUGUUUACCCCAAUGCUUAGUACGUUUCUAACAACUUCAUGGUUUCUAAAGACAAUGGUACAUGGUUCCAAGAUUUUUUUCACAAAAUGCUCAGAGACCCCCUACAUUUAUGAAUAUGCAUUAGCUAUCAAUAUUGUUUUCAGUUUUCUGUCCUUUGACAAAUAUUCCCCAUAAUGGGGUCUCAAAAAAUGAAAACAUUUUGCUGCUUCUGUUGCUAAACUGGUCUCGUGACUAACAGAAGAGAAAUGUAGCAAGUCCCUUGGUUCACUUUUUUUGUCCCUAACCAAAAUGAGUCAGCUGAUCUUUGUCUAGUCACCUGAUAGCUUCCAGUUUGGGUAUGUAAGCUUAUUUUCUACACUGAAACUGAUUACACAGACUUUCUGGCACAGGGAUAUACCACUACACACACAGCUUUCAUCUUUUCAUUCGUAGAGUUAAGACGUUAAGAAGUGAUUGAAACAUAUCUGGAGAUGAAUCCCAAAUUUGAAUAUAAACCAUUCUCAGUUGUUUGGCUCCUGCAGAUACACCCUCAUGACGAAGCAGAAAAGCGUGUUCUCCAGAAUGAGCAUCACCAAGAGAAAGCUUGCAAGUACUACCGAUGUGCACUUUCUAUCGCCAUUAUUAUCGCCCUCCUUCUCUGUGUCUUGGCUUCUCAGCUUCUUCUCUUUCCCUUUUUGUUCGUUACAUCUCAAACAAUCACUGAGACUGUGCUAAACAAGGACAUCAGAUGUGAUGAUCAGUGCAGGUUUGUUCUGGUCGAGAGCAUCCCUGAGGGAUUGGUUUACGACGCCAACUCUACAAUAAACCCUUCAAUUUUCAAAUCAUGGCUGAACAUUCUUACUAAUGCUAAAAGCAGUGUUGACAUUGCAUCCUUUUACUGGACUCUGACCAAUGAGGACACACAAACUCAGGAGCCCUCGGCACAUCAGGGAGAAUUGAUCCUUGAGGAGCUUCUGAAGCUAAAGCAGAGAGGAGUGACUUUAAGAGUUGCCGUGAACCCUCCAAACUCCCCGCUUAGGUCCAGAGACAUUUCUGCUCUAAAAGACAGUGGAGCAGAUGUGCGUGUGGUAGACUUGCCAAAGCUAACAGAUGGUGUUUUGCAUACUAAAUUUUGGGUUGUUGACAAUGAACAUUUUUACAUUGGCAGUGCUAAUAUGGACUGGAGAUCUCUAACACAGGUGAAAGAACUUGGUGCCACCAUAUAUAACUGCAGCUGCCUAGCCCAGGAUUUGAAGAAAAUCUUUGAAGCAUAUUGGAUCCUUGGGUUACCCAAUGCUACCUUGCCAUCCCCAUGGCCGGUAAAUUAUUCAACACCAUACAACAAGGAUACACCAAUGCAAGUGAAUCUGAACAGCACAGCAUCAGAGGUUUAUCUUUCAAGCUCACCACCUCCUCUCUUAGCGGCUGGGAGGACCGAUGAUCUCCAGUCCAUUAUUAACAUUAUAGAUGAUGCCAAGCAAUUUGUAUAUAUUUCUGUUAUGGACUACUCUCCCACAGUGGAAUUUUCCCAUCCAUUGAGAUAUUGGCCUGACAUUGACAACCAUUUGAGGAAAGCCAUCUAUGAAAGGAAUGUUCAUGUCUGUUUGCUGAUCAGCUGCUGGCAAAGCUCCCGACCUUCCAUGUUCACGUUCCUGAGGUCGCUGGCCGCUUUGUAUAGUAACAAAAGCAAUUAUAACAUUGAAGUGAAAAUAUUUGUGGUCCCAGCAACUGAGGCACAAAAGAAGAUUCCCUAUGCCAGAGUGAAUCACAAUAAGUACAUGGUGACAGACAGAGUGGCUUAUAUUGGUACAUCUAAUUGGUCUGGAAACUAUUUCAUACACACAGCCGGGUCAGCGUUGGUAGUGAACCAGACACAAUCUGCUGGCACUUCAGACACUAUCCAAAUGCAAUUACAAGCCGUGUUUGAAAGAGACUGGAAUUCAAAUUACAGCCUGGCAUUUAACGCUUUAAGUUCGUGGAAAGAAAAGUGUAUCUUUUAGAUCUGCGGUGAAAAGUGUAUCUGUUAGUGCUAACAAGCAGGGGUAACCUAUGCAAUUCUCUGGGUGGAGAGAGUUUAUGGUAGAGGAUUUGAAAAUACAGGUAUGGGACCUGUUAUACAGAAUGCUCAGGACCUGGUGAUAACAGAUCUUUCUGUAAUUUGGAUCUUCAUACCUC